CUCUCACCAAAGACCAUGUCCAGGAACUCGUCCCUCCCGAGUGAACAGCAUGGCGACGACCUGAUCGUCACACCUUUCGCCCAGGUGCUGGCCAGCCUAAGAAGCGUGAGGAACAACUUCACGCUACUCACCAAUUUACACGGCACCUCCAACAAGAGAUCCCCAGCCACGAGUCAGCCACCUGUCUCCAGAGUGAACCUGCAAGAGGAACCCUACCAGAAGCUGGCCAUGGAGACGCUGGAGGAGCUCGACUGGUGCCUGGAUCAGCUGGAGACCAUCCAAACCUACCGCUCCGUCAGCGAGAUGGCAUCCAACAAGUUCAAGAGGAUGCUGAACCGGGAGCUCACACACCUGUCCGAGAUGAGCCGCUCCGGCAACCAAGUGUCCGAGUACAUUUCCAACACUUUCCUGGACAAGCAGAACGACGUGGAGAUCCCUUCUCCCACCCAGAAGGACAGGGAGAAGAAGAAAAAGCAGCAGCUCAUGACACAGAUCAGCGGGGUGAAGAAAUUAAUGCACAGCUCCAGCUUGAACAACACCAGCAUCUCACGAUUUGGGGUGAAGACGGAAAAGGAAGAUCACCUGGCCAAGGAACUGGAAGACCUGAACAAGUGGGGCCUCAACAUCUUCAACGUGGCCAGGUAUUCCCACAACCGGCCGCUCACCUGCAUCAUGUACGCCAUAUUCCAGGAGCGGGAUCUGCUGAAAACCUUCAAGAUCUCGUCGGACACGUUUGUGACGUACAUGAUGACGCUGGAGGAUCACUACCACUCGGACGUGGCCUACCACAACAGCCUGCACGCUGCCGACGUGGCCCAGUCCACCCACGUGCUGCUCUCCACCCCUGCCCUGGAUGCCGUCUUCACGGAUCUGGAAAUCCUCGCUGCCAUUUUCGCAGCUGCCAUCCACGACGUGGAUCACCCCGGGGUCUCCAAUCAAUUCCUGAUUAACACAAAUUCCGAGCUGGCCCUGAUGUACAACGACGAAUCCGUGCUGGAGAACCACCACCUCGCCGUGGGCUUCAAGCUGCUCCAGGAGGAGCACUGUGACAUCUUCCAGAACCUGACCAAGAAGCAGCGCCAGACCCUCAGGAAGAUGGUGAUCGACAUGGUGUUGGCCACUGACAUGUCCAAGCACAUGAGCCUGUUGGCUGAUCUGAAGACUAUGGUGGAAACCAAGAAGGUGACGAGUUCGGGAGUUCUCCUUCUGGACAACUACACGGACAGAAUACAGGUUCUCCGGAAUAUGGUACAUUGUGCAGACCUGAGUAAUCCCACAAAGUCUCUGGAGCUGUACCGGCAGUGGACAGACAGGAUCAUGGAGGAGUUCUUCCAGCAGGGAGACAAAGAGCGGGAGAGAGGCAUGGAAAUCAGCCCAAUGUGUGACAAACACACGGCCUCCGUGGAAAAAUCCCAGGUGGGAUUCAUUGACUACAUCGUCCACCCGCUCUGGGAGACGUGGGCUGACCUGGUGCAGCCCGAUGCCCAGGACAUCCUGGACACCCUGGAGGACAACAGGAACUGGUACCAGAGCAUGAUACCUCAGAGCCCAUCCCCUCCUUUGGAGGAGCGGGGCCAGGACUGCCAGGGCCUGGAGAAGUUCCAGUUUGAACUGACGCUGGAGGAGGAGGAUUCGGACGGGCCCGAGAAGGACGGCGAGAGCCUGGGCUACUUCAGCAAUACAGAGACGCUCUGCGUGGCCCAGCCGGGGCAGGAGGAGCCCCAGAGGGAGGCCACCAUCGAGAUUGUGACAGAAGACACGUCUCCUGUGGACACAUAAUGGCCCGGCCCCGCGGGAGUGGCUUUUAAACACUUGCGGAGCUUGCGAGCGGCCCCCGACCGCCUCGGCAGCCGGGGCCGAGGCCUCUGCCACGGGGGGACAGAUCCUCCAGCUGCUUGAGAUUGGAGUCAGGGUUCCAGAUGGGGUAGGGAACGAUUGCUCAGGAAAUGCACGGGUGAUUUGCGUUGUGGUUUGAGCCUCGUCAGCCGAGAGCACCGCCUGGUCCUGGAGCUGGCUUGGGUCGGGCCCGAGGCGGCGCUGACACACAACUGAGAGAUUUUAUACCGUUAGUUUUGGAGUUUAUAGCAGUUAGACUGAUAGAAACUACUGAUCAAUAACUCAUAUCCAACCUGUCCACCCGACCACCUGUCUGCAGACCUGUGUGCCUUCUUUGUAAACACUUUCAUGUCUUUUCAAGAGUCUCUUAAUCCAACACACGGAGCUUGGUAGUUCAAAAGCGACACAAGGUGUUUCGGAAUUGACGGCUACUUUUUGGAUUCUUCCUGUUACCAGAAGCAGUCUUCCUUUUUUUUCAUGGGCAAUACCUGUCACUUUAUUGCAGUUAAUCACUUUGACAGACUAAACAGAAGGGGAAACCCUCUGCUUUGCAUUACUGCACCUUCGAUGUGUUCCUAAUCCCCCCGGUGAGCCGUCGGGAGCCGCUCGGUGCCAUCGGGCGCCGUUCCCUCGCUGGGAACAGCGGGAUUUCUUUUCCUCCCCGGGGUUUGGGUUUGUGGUGAGCAGGACAGAGGGCAGGUUUUUCUUCCCCUGGCACAGCUCAGUCCAUCCCUGAGUAAGCGUGGCAAGGCAGCGUGUGGCACGCCUUCCCCCUCGGCAGCUCCCUGGAAUUUGCACGCUCGGAUAUUUGUGUUUCUCCGGCCUCUCGUCCACGUUCCCUAGGUUUAGGUCCACCAUCCUCCUCCUCCUCCUGCACUGCCUCGAGCUCUACCACCUCCAUUACUGUUUAUAACAGUGUAUUUAUUACCUACUGUACAUACUGUAAUGUUUUGUAAGUUAUUAAUUUAUAUGAAUUAGCAUCGCCUGUCGGCGGCGAUGUUAAUGGCGUAGAAAACUCGGAAUAAGAGUUGCCUUUUUUUUCUCUCGUAACCUUUUUGUAUUGCAUAAAGUCCAAGAACCUGAACAUAGCUGAAGAGACAGACACAACCCAGCAAGGGCAUUCGGGUGGCAGCCGCCCGUGGGGAGGGGACACCGCAUCCCAGGGCAGCAAAUUUGGGAAUUUGCCAGGAAUGCAGAGAUUGAGGGGGGAAAAAAAGAACUCCCCACGCCCAGACAGGCUUUUCAAUGUCACAACGUUCCAAUUUCUGAACAACCCAAUGUGAAUUUCUAUGAUGGAAAAAAAUAAAAAAAAAUAAUAUAUAUAAAAAAAAAAAAAUGUGAACUGAUGUAAUAAUUGUGCUGUGAAACUUCCUCUGACAAAGCUUGUCCGGCAUCGUGAGCGGUGUCAAUCUCAGUUUGUAAAAUAUGUUUCAAGCUUUUUGGUCCAACUCGUGACUAAUUAGUUCAUGACAAUAGCACAGUUGUGCAUGAUCAAUGGGUUUGUUUGUCUGUUGAACACUGCAUUGUUCCAGGUGGUUAUUUUAUUGUUCCCCAAAGUUUCACACUAUGUAUGUUAUAGUAUUCUAUAUUGUGUUCAGGCGCAUUCUUAAGAGAUUUUUAUAUGAAGUGAAUAAAUGAAAGCAUGACCCAG